CUUGCUUGUUUCUCUACAUAUAUGCCCAUCAGAAAACAGAAUGGCCUCAUCUGACAUCCAUGGAAAUGGAAAAAAUCCUUCUACUACCUCUCAUUUUUCAAGUUUUUCUCUGCGCAAUCCCAACAAUCCAUGCAGCCCCAGGAAACUCAAAGCUCUUCAGGGAAUACAUUGGAGCAGAGGGAAACAAUGUCAAGUUUUCCGACGUUCCAAUUAAUUCUGAUGUCAAAUUCCACUUCAUUCUCUCUUUCGCCAUAGAUUACGCAACCUCAGUAUCCCCUACAAAUGGCAACUUCAAUGUCUACUGGGAUAAGCAAAAUCUCGGCCCUUCUGCCGUUGCCUCCAUCAAGGCUCUUAAACCAAAUGUCAAGGUAGCUAUGAGUCUUGGAGGGGACACCUUAGGUGGCAAAUUUGUUCACUUUGCUCCGAAGUCGAUCAAUUCAUGGGUCAGCAAUGCUGUAGCUUCACUCACAAGAAUUUCAAAGGAGUAUGAUUUGGAUGGCAUUGACAUUGACUACGAGCACUUCAGUUCAGAUCCAGAUACAUUUGCUGAGUGUAUUGGUCAACUUUUAGCCCACCUAAAACAGAACAAGAUAGUGUCAUUCACGUCAAUAGCCCCUUAUGAGGGUGACUCUGUGCAGCCAUAUUAUCUUACUCUGUGGAAGAAGUAUGGACAUCUCAUCGACUAUGUCAACUUUCAAUUCUAUGCUUAUGACAAAGGAACUACAGUUUCUCAGUUUAUGAAGUUUUUCGAGGAUCAGAGCUCCAACUACAGAGAUGGAAAGGUGUUGGUGAGCUUCAGUACUGAUGGAAGCGGGGGUCUAUCGCCAGCAAAUGGUUUCUUUGAGGCUUGUGGCCGACUUAAACGCCUCCGGAAACUUCAUGGAAUUUUUAUAUGGUCUGCAGAUGACUCCAAGAAGGCUGGUUUCCGCUUUGAAGAACAAUCACAGAACCUUUUGACCAGCAUACAGUGAGAUGGAGGAAAAAGCGAAGGGGGGAAAAGUGCUUGCUAGCUAGUAGGAUAACUAAUUUAUGGAGAUGUCGGUUUGUAUUCAAGGAGAAGCUAUAAUGACAGGUUUGUGAAGGAUGAGCCUUGGUUUCGUACCUGUUUCUCAUUUUGGCCAGAAGGAUAGUCUCACCCUUAGAACGUAGAAUAGAUGAAAAAGAAAUAGAAAUCAAGUCCAGAUGCAUGGACAUAGCAUAUUUGUAAUGAACUUAUGGCCCAAUGAGGUCACAAAGUUUGAAUCGGAUGAUCAAUGGCCCUCUUAGUCA